AUGUUUCUCGCUCUCUCACCCUUAUGCCCUCCACUUGGUUGUGUCCAUGUGCCAAGAAAUGUGUGUGAAAUGCUUCUGUCAGGGGCAAAGGUUGCUGUGCUAUUUACUGCCCUGCACUUGGAUUACCCCUCAGGCCUAACACCACCUCCUUCUGCCUGGAUCUCUAUUUUCCAGGGAUAGCAACUGGGCCCCAUUCAUCCCUGGUGGGACUCUACAGAAGUCAGUGGAGUUGGACUAGGUGUGAGUUUGGCCAUUGACAUUAUAGGUGCAGCACAAGCACAUAUAUUACAGGUGGACUUUGCUCCUUUAGCUACCUGCAAUAUAAUGCAGUGGACUCCAGGGAGCAAAGGUGGAAGCUGAACUGUCCACCACAUCCCUGUGCCAUGGAAAGACCUACAAAGCCAAAAUGGGAGAAGUGAGUGUGACCCUCCCCCAUCCCUAGACUGCUAUCCGGAAAGCGGGGUGACACCCAGCUGUACUGUAAAAGGCAGUGAGCCUGGGGGAAUGAGAUGUCCCCAACGCAGCCCCAGGCCCAGACACCCCGACCUUUGUCUGCAUUCAAGCUCUAUGUCGUGGUGACGGCAGACCCAGGAUGCAUGGGUGUCCUAUGGCCCAGCUGCCAGGCAGGAGCAGCCUCUCCCACAGUGCUCUGCUGCAGGAGUGUAAUUUGCUAUGGGGCAAGGAGGGCAGUUCCCCCCCAGACCUUGGUUGGCGCUCCGCAGACUUUUCCUACAUCUAUACACUCCUCUUCCCUGCAUGCUGAUGCCAGCAAACAACUGACCCUCACUCUGGGCUCUCCAGCCCCAGGUGCCAGCAGCAUUGCCAGUCCCUGUCUCAGGGCCCUGGCUGAGCUCAGGCUCUCACUGGGAUGCUUCGUUCCAGGACCUGGGAUCUCCAGUUACGCUGACAACCCCACUAGGGCCGGAGCCAGCCUGAGGGCCUGUCUGGACAAAGCCAUGACGAUCAUCCCUGUGGAGCAACAGAGAGAAACGCCCACCUACCUCGGCGCUACUGCGGGCAUGCGGCUGCUGAGGGAGCAGAACAGCACAAAAGCCGACCUGGUCUUUGCAGAGGUCUCCAAGACCAUCCGGCAGUACCCUGUAGAUUUCCGUGGCGCUCGGAUCCUCACUGGGAAUGAGGAAGGAUCCUUUGGCUGGAUCACAAUCAACUACCUGCUGGAGACGCUCAUCAAGUUCUCUUUCACAGGGACGUGGAUACACCCUGAGGCAGCUGCAGUUGUGGGAGCACUGGACCUUGGAGGAGCCUCGACCCAGAUAACCUUUCACCCUGGUCGGGCCAUUGAGGACAACAACACCGAAGUCCUCUUCUGGCUGUAUGGGACCAACUACUCGCUUUAUACCCACAGCUACCUUUGCUACGGAGAAAACCAAGCCUUGAAGAAGCUGAUUGCAUCCCUCAGAGAGGAGAACCUCACCUCUCAGCAGAUCUCCCACCCGUGCUACCCUAGGGGAUAUGAGGAGAACGUCACUGCCGCUGCCCUGUAUGACAGUCCCUGUAUCCCGGCACCAGCUGCACACGACCCCAGCCAGAUCCUCACGGUGCGGGGGACAGGAGCCCCAGCGGAGUGCAGGAAUGCCGUCCAGAAACUCUUCAACUUCACAGCCUGUGGGGCCAACAGGACGUGCGGGUUCAACGGGGUCUACCAGCCACCGGAGCAUGGGCAGUUCUUCGCCUUUUCCGGAUUUUAUUCAGUCUUCCACUUUCUGAACCUGACCAGCGGGCAUCCCUUGAGUGACGUCAGUGCCACCAUCGAGCACUUCUGUGCUAAGGACUGGAAGGAGGUGCAGAUGGUGGAUCCUGGCAUGAACAAGACCCGCCUGCAGGAUUACUGCGCUGCCAGCACCUACAUUCUCACCCUCCUGCUGCAAGGCUACAAGUUUGACAACGAGACAUGGAGCAACAUCCAUUUCCACUGGCAGGUGGCUGCUGUGGAUGUGGGCUGGAGCCUGGGCUACAUGCUGAACCUCACCAACACGAUCCCCUUGGAGGCUCCCAACCGAGUGAAGGGGCAGCGGCCUGACCUGUGGGCAGUGGCUGUGGUCACCACCUGCCUCAUGCUGGCCAUGAUCCUGUGGACAGGCCUGGCUCUGUGCUAUCAGUGGCCCCUUGCCACCUAUGAGACUAUGCUGUAGUUGGCCAAUGCUCCUCAGGCUGGGGCCCUGCUGCCAUCAGGAGUCACACGAGGCUUUCCCCAGACAUCAUGCAGUCCUGUGUGUUAGAUGUUUGUGGCCUUACAACCCAGUGCCCCUACUUGCAGCUGGAGGCAGGGUCUGGGAGAGAAACCCCUCCCCAGGGAGGGUAGGAACAUUGGGUUUGAAGGACAAAUGGCAUCUAUUGGCAAAUUGGUGACACUUUUCAGUCUAAUCUCAGCCCUGUGAGCUGUGCUGGCUUCCUGCUCUCCCCCAGCCCCCUUUCCAGUCAGCAAGUCCUGCUGUGCAAACAGAGUCUAUCCUGAGGAGGUGCUGCCGCCUCCUGCAGAGCCCAGUUGGGGUGGUGUGUGUGUGUGUGCGCGCGCGCGCGCCAUGACCUACUGGAUCUGGGGUGCAGGGGAAGUUGGGGCUGGUGAGGCAGGAAGCAUUGGCUAGAGUGCCAGGAGACUCCAGGGCAAGGCGGAGGGAAUGGGAGUGUGAGUCUCCUCCUGGUCCAGGGAGCACCGGCUGAUAUAUUUGGAAGUGCCUGGAUGCAGGGGCAGCUGCAGCAGCUCUGCAGGGGCAGGGACUUGCCCUUUCAUGGUCACUAACAAAGGGCUGGUUGUGGCACACGGGGUGUUGGCUACAGCCUGGGUGUUUGGGCCAGGCUCCAGACGCUGCCCUGGCUCAGGGUUACAAAAGGUUAAUAUGGCAGUGGUCAGACUCUUUUUACCCUCGCUUAUACAUGUGUAAGGGAGAGAGGAGAGGCAGGCACAGGUGCCACAUGGGAAAGCCACCCUGGCAUGUGAGGCUGCAAGUUGUUGGUUGCUGUGGGCGUUGCACAAAGAACUCAAUUUCCCAUCAAACCCAGAUUGGGUGCCUCUUCCCAAGCUGAUCAUUGUGCCACCUUGUGAUUGGCUUUCAGCCUACGUGUGACAGGCCCUGCUAAAGUGAGUGCCCAGCCCAGCUCCCUCUCAGGAUAAGUGAGUGCCCAAGCAGCAGGACAUGAGUUAAUUACCACCUGGAUCUUCUAAAGGGUUAUGGGGGCUCAGGCAGGUAACAACGCCCAGAAGAGGCCCCUGGAGAAAGAACUCCUCAGGGCAGCAGGCUAGGAAUCUACCCCUGGUGGCCUGUCCUAGGGAACAGGGGUGCUGGGGAGAGGAACUGUUCCCAGAAAAGGGGAGGGCUUCUGGGGAGGAGUGGGGACUGGUGAGGAAGCACAGCGGGAAAGGAAGCCAAGAAUAGGGUUGGCAGUUUAGAUGGACAUGUUCCUGGAGGUUUCAUCACAGACAUAAUCUUUAAUUACCAAUGAAUCAUGAUUUCUGGACACUCAACAAUCCUGGAGGGUUGGCAGCCUGAACCAAGGAAGAGUAUUCCUGGUGUGAAAGGCUCCAAAAGCAAAGGGGUAUGAAUGCCAAGUCUCAUUGAAGCCUUGUCUCCAUAGAAGGACUUCACCAGGUAGCAGUAGGCUCCCCAGCUGAGAGGAAUUAGAUGCUGCUCUGAGGAAACCAGGGGCAUUGUGGUUUAACUGCUAUGUGGCCCUUGACCCAAGAGGACCGAGACCCUUCCUGAGCUGAUGACAAGUGGCCCUGACUCCAGAAGAGGGCUCUGAAUCAUGAGGGACUCGCUAGUCAGGGACCUGGACAUAAGUGGAAUUGUUGGACUAAAAUUAAUGCAGCCUCUUCCUGCACCUUAGGAUACUGGGUGGAGGCCUAUUUGGGUAAUGGUUUGCCUUUGGGUUAGAUUAAACUAGACCCCUGAAGGGACACUGCUCACUAUACAUCAGUCUCUUUAGCCUUACUGAAAGUCCAUUAGGGGAAACUGAGGCAGAGAUGUAAUUAUGGCUCUGCAGAGGGUGGGGGGGCCCAAGUUUGAGGGCCCCCAGUACAUACUUCCAAAUAACUCACUAAACAUGCUUGUAAAUAAAAUGAAAAUCCUGUGCUCGCCAGUUCUUUCUGGGUACCCCCAACACGCUCACAAGCACAAACGCUGAGGGGCUGCAGCAUGUGGCUACUGCCCGACAGGCAGCCGGAGAGACAGCAUUCCAAAGCCCUGGCAAUUCCAGGCGUUUGCAUGCGGAGUUGAACCUCUGAACAAUGCAGUGGAGGUGGAUGUAGCUUGUAAACAACUGUGCCAACUGGAGGAGUAGUUCUGCAUCAGUGACUGCCUUGUAGUUAAAUGUAACGGCCCAAGAUUAUUUGGGGGAGCUGGAGCAGUUUGGGUUCAGGGGUCAGUGUAAGAAUAGUGCAGGUAGGUAAGGGACUCAGCCAUCCUCUGUGAUGAGGCCCGCUAAGGUGUGUAUGUCCUGGCUGAUGAAUGCACAAUGUGUUAUGGUUUCAGGCUGCUACCUGUGCAGUCAUUAAACCCUAUGGGCUAUAGGAUGCAGGAACCUGAGGCUUUGCUUAUUUCUGCAGCAGCAUCUCUUCUCCUGCUGCUUGGGGGCCAUUAAAGAGACAGUGACACAUGCUCAUGUCAUGCUGGACUUCACCUUGUAAAGGAAGUUUUAUUCUACUCUGAGGAUAAAAUCAGACUCGCAAGCA